AGCAGUGGACGCAGUGCUGUGUUGUUCUUCCGUCGCCGUCGAAUCAUCGCAGAGACGCUGCAGGUUGGACGCAGCGGCGGGCCACAGUCACCCUACAAACUGGCUUGAUAUGGUCUUUUGCAAGACUUGUGGUGUUCGAGUGCAGAGUUGCGGUAAAGAAAUGAACAGCAUGAUACAAGCAUCCAGCAACGACUCCUCGAGAUAUUGUGAGACAUUAUCGACGAAAAUUUUUCACGGCGCGGAGAUUGCUGGGCGGUCCAUGUCGCGAGCCAUACGAGAGAGGCUCGGAGCAGCGCUGCAAAACAGAGUGCGGCUCAGCUCAACGGCAGCAGGGCCUUCCCAGCGCUCGUCCGUGCAAAGACAAGCGCCGUUGAGUGGACAAAGCGCCAGUCGCUCUUCCAUCGUUUCGGAUGGGAGGCUCCCCAAGCCCGAGCAAUCCAGCAUGCUGCUUCCCGCGACGACGGGCUGCUUGACAUACGAGACGACGAGUCGAAGGGCCUCCGGGGGGACUGACGACUGCGGCUCAGCACGCCAGGGGAGGUUUCGCCGAAGAAAGCUGAAUGGCGUCCAUUCACCCUCGGCAGCCGAAGCAGACACUGUGGUACGUCGCAGUGGGAGGAAUAUGUGGGCGAGGAGAAUGCCGGUGCCAGAGAGUGCUCUGAUCGUCUACCAAGCUCAUCAGCGCAGGUGGGUCGCCUGGCGCAUUAACGAAUUUCUGUCAUGUCCAUGGCAGGACAGGCUGCUUCAGAGACAUGUUCGUGAAGGACAAGAGUGGAGACAACUCUGAGUUAUGGAGAACAGGGUGACGCUGGUCUCGGCUGGUGCUGCACUUGCAGGACAUGUUAAACGGUGGACAGCAAAGGUGGAC